CUAUUUAAGUCUCCUUGUGAUAGAGAGGAGGGACAAAGGGGAGCAGGAGAUAAAUAUUCGGUUGCGUUCUUCUCUCCAUCUCUUUGUGUCUGUCUGCAUCCACGGCAUCAACAGAGGAAGGGGGAACUGAAAUAGUCAAGAUGCCUGAGAAAGCACCAGAGAGGAAAUCUAAAAUCUCAGCCUCCCGUAAGCUCAUGCUGAAGAGCUUGAUGGUCGCCAAGGCCAAGGAGGAGCUGGAGCAGGAGAUGGAAGAAAAAGAGGAACAGAAGGAAAAGUACCUGGAAGAAAAAUCUCCUCCAAUACAGACCAGUGGCAUGUCCUUAGCAGAGCUACGGACAUUAUGUGAAGAGCUGCAUGCCAAAAUAGAUGUGGUGGACGAGGAGCGGUAUGAUAUUGAAGCCAAAGUCUUGCACAACAACAGAGAGAUCAAAGACCUAAACAUCAAGGUACUGGACCUGCGAGGGAAGUUUAAGCGACCCAGCCUGAGAAGGGUGAGGGUCUCUGCUGAUGCAAUCCUGCGCUCCCUUCUGGGCUCCAAACACAAGGUCUCUUUGGAUCUGAGAGCUAAUCUUAAAUCAGUCAAGAAGGAGGACACAGAAAAGGAGAAGACAGUGGAGGUGAGUGACUGGAGGAAGAAUGUGGAAGCCAUGUCCGGCAUGGAGGGCCGCAAGAAGAUGUUUGAUGCAGCGAAGGGCCCCAACCAGUAAACCGGUGUUAUUCAAAGAACAGCUGGCUUUCAUCUUAUGUUAAAUACCAUCGCUUGUAAACCAAAAAGUUUAGAAUACAGCACAAAUUCUAAAUGUGUAAACUCUCAAGUACUUCACAGGGUCACAGAAUUUUUUGGUAUUUUAUAUUCAGUUAAUUUUCACACCCAAAUUUUAUGUGUGUUUUGUUUCAUUAUCACUGAAAUAAACACAGCAUAUGCAGUCUC